AUGCAUGAAAUCUUUCAGAUCGUGAUUGAUCUUGACAAGAAUGUUGACGACGACAUUCACGAGCAAGACGUGGAGCGUGAGGCCGUCAUGAAAAGCUUGGGGGCCACGAAGGUGAUGGAUGAAUGCACGAAAUGGGAGGAUACCGACGCUGAUGGGGAGUAUAUCGACACCCUGAUGAUGAAAGUGUCGGGAAUUCUUGACGAAAUUAUUGCGACAAGUGAAGUAAUCCUGGAGAGCAUCAAUCCAGCGGUACUCCAUAGCAAUGAUACGGAGAAGGAGGUGGAUGAUGCCUUGGCGCAUUCAGAGUUCUGGUAG